AUGGAGAGCUCUACAACUUUAACGACCUCGCUUACCAGCGACAGUGAAAACAGCAGUGUUGACAAUUUCACUAUAAACCUGACACCAUCUGCAGCUUCCGUCCUGUUCCUGUCGUCUGAGAUGCGAAGCAACACAGUCUUGGUUUCGUGCCUGAUGUUCUCUGCCGGCGUAAUAGGAAACCUGUUGGCUUUGCUCUUAAUGGCCACUUCUCCAGCGGAGCAGAAAAGAACAAUUUUCUACAAACUGAUGGCCGGUCUGGCAUUUACUGAUCUCGUCGGUACAUGCGCAACGUCACCAGUAGUCAUUACAAUAUACUCCACUGGAUUGAAGAUGGAGAAGGAGAUGCCACUUUGUCACUACUUUUCGUUUAUGAUGAUCUUUGCGGGAUUCGCGACCAUGUCUCUAGUCUGUGCUAUGGCCAUUGAAAGAUACAUUUGUUUAUGUCACCCAUACAUUUACCACUGUAAACUGCCAAAAUCGUACGCUAAAUACGCAAUUAUGUCGUGCUGGUUGAUGUCUAUUAUAAUAGCAACGUUGCCCCUCAUUGGGCUUGGUCACAAUGCUGUCCAGUAUCCAAGAACAUGGUGUUUCUUUAACGCUACCAGCAGGGAAGCCCAGGAUGUGGCUUUCAACUUAAUUUACGCUACUAUCGCGCUCAUGGCUAUUCUGGCAACAUUGAUCUGCAAUGUGGCCACUAUUGUUUCUGUGCUGGCACUAAGGAGACGUCAGAACGCUCUCAGCGCCUCCCAGGAUCCGGUGAUGAGAAGGUACCGAAGUCCGGCUCAGCGGUAUGCGGAACUUCACAUGGUGGUGAUGCUUGUGGGAGUUACCAUCGUGUUUACGGUCUGCUUCGGCCCACUUAUGGUAAUCCGGCGGGAACUCAGAUGGAAGAUCAUUUGUCUCUUCAAAUACAUCUUUGGAAUGAGUAAACCUCCAGUUUUGACUACACCUGUAAUUGGUAAUGACUCUCCUGUGUUUUCUCACAGGAUGCAGAGACCAGUCAAUGAGAUGUCGUGUUUAUCGUUUUGUUUUCAUUGUCUGUGUGAUCCACCAACACAGAGAUCAUCCGCUUCUCUUGGCCAUGCAAGCACUGCGCGUUUUGGACUCGCCAAGUGCUCGCCUUCCUAUGUCAGAAGGAUAGCGUCCGUUGAAUCUGUGCUCAACGGUGCCAGCAAGACCUGUGUUAUUUCGCCAUCGUCGCCAUCGGAAGAAUUUCUUCUGCAGAAAUUUUGCCAGUUUAAGACAGACAUAGCCACGUAUGCAAUAAAUGGCUCGCCUCAUUCGCAGCUGAGGACGUAA